UCGCAGCGACGGCCGUCGAACCGAGACGAGUUCGAUGGUCCACAUCAGUUCCUGCAGCGUCCGCCUCCUGACGUGAUUGCCAUGCAGGAGAGAGAGCUUCCGCACCUGCCAACCAACCUCCAUGUCCAGGAACAAGACAACGUGCUCAACCAGGUCAACGACCGGUUGUCACAAUGCGCCUACGACUUUGUGGCCAAGUACCAGUUCCCCAUUCCGUUGACUCAGGACAUGAGGCCCGUGGAGAGGCCACAGGACCGGGAGUGGACCGAGUGGGUGUACCUCUUGAAGAGGCUUGCCACCAAGAGGCGGAUUCCCGCCCGAGUCCUUUACAACGGGCAGAUCAAGCAGUUUGUCACCAUUCUGGAGAACUCGCUCGAGAUGCGGCACGCUGCCAAGCAUCAGAGCCGCCCUCUGAAAGAUGAUCGAAACAUUCUCCAGCUCAUUUCGGCUGGCAUUCAGGUGGCCAAGAUCCUGAAGGAUGCGUCGGCGAUGGACUAUCUCGACCGGCUAUACGUUUCAACGGAGAAGCAGAUACAGGAGCGUGCCAACGCGCGAUUCCGAUCCUAA